GAGUCUGCACUGCACCUGCAGUAAGUUCCACCGCAGUUAGAGGUCCGGGUGGUCCGUGUGAGGCGGAGCUCGGCGGUUCCGUCUGCUUCAGCCGCAGCGUCUCCUUUCCAGUCUCGCUGCAUUCUCCAGAAAGGGGGACGGACCUCCACUUCCUCUUUCAGAAAAAUGUCUGCUCCAGCUCAGCCACCCGCUGAAGGGACAGAAGGGGGUGCUCCAGGUGGGGGUCCUCCUGGUCCACCUCCCAACACGACCAGUAACAGGCGACUACAGCAAACUCAGGCACAAGUGGAGGAGGUGGUGGACAUCAUGCGUGUGAAUGUGGACAAGGUCCUGGAGAGGGACCAGAAGCUGUCAGAGCUGGAUGACCGAGCUGAUGCCUUGCAGGCGGGCGCGUCACAAUUUGAGAGCAGUGCUGCCAAGCUAAAAAGGAAGUAUUGGUGGAAAAACUGCAAGAUGAUGAUCAUGCUGGGAGCCAUCUGUGCCAUCGUCGUGGUAGUUAUUGUAAUCUACUUUUUUACUUGAGAAUGUGCCAUCCCUUCCUGUUCUCCAUCUCAAUCCAAGUUCAUGUCUCUUUCCCUCUGUUUGCUCUCUCACCAAACUCCUCCAUCUGCCUUUCUCCAUUCUAACCCAGGCUUCACCAUCAUCCAUUCCUCCUUUUUUUUUUUUUUUGGUUGCGUUCAUCUGCACUUUCUUCUUCAACACUAGAAAUGCUGCUCGUGGCACAGUCUUGAAGUCACUACCCAAAGAGCAAUGGCUGGCACCUCCUCCUUACCCAUUUAUUGUGUACCCCAGAGCUUAAAUGAGUUGUGGCCAAGGGAAGGAGGAGGCCGGGAAUGGCAGAGGUGAAGUGUCUGAGGAGUUGGCAUGGCUGAGGGGAGCAGAAGGGGAUUUGUGUCCAUAGUGCCUCCGAGAAAGGCUGGCCUUUGCCAGGAGGGGGGCAAGAAUAGUUGGGAAGUAGUAGUGUGCUGCCUGUUUUGCAUAUAUGUAAUAGUUGGGAACUACUACUUGCUGACCUCAUUUGGAACUUUCCCCCAUACCACGCCUGUCUUGGGUCCCAAAGGUCUGUUGAAAGACCAACUUCGAAUCCCUUUUAGAAAGUCGAACUUGUAUUUUGUUAAUGCUUACCUGUCAAUCCGAGAUUUUCUGUGUCUUUAAGGACCUUUCCAGCUUUUUACGUUGCUCUCUGUAGACUUAGAAAACAAAUCCUUACUGAUUAUAAAAAUAGCAGGAGAUGC